AUUGAUAAAGCUUCUUCAUAUAUAAGCCAGCAAUAUCAAUCUCUCCAAAAACCAUAUUCCAUUGCCAUCACUUCUUAUGCUCUGGCCAAAGCAGAAAAUCUACAGGACAUAAAUAAACUGAUGUCAGCCUCUACAGAUAGCAACCAUUGGAAUGAAGAAGGCUACAGAGAAAUAACAAUUGAGUCAACAUCCUAUGCUCUCCUCACACUUUUGAAGAAGGGGGAGCAUAAGAAGGCCUCACCAUUAGCCCAGUGGUUGACGGAACAGAAAGAUUUUUUGGAGAUUUUAUGGAUCAACUCAAGCAACCAUCAUGAUGUUCCAGGCCCUUGCCCAGUUUCAUAUAGAUGUGCCAAAUAAAGGAGAUAUAAACAUGGAUGUCACAUACAAGCUCCCUGGCAAAACAGACAGUGUAACUCAGAAAAUCAAUGUUCAGAAUCUCUUGGUGGCUCGCACAGAUCAGGCGACAACAAGUGGAGACUUUAAAGUCACUGCAAAAGGGAAAGGAAAAGGUACCUUGACGGUCAAUGUUGUAUAUUAUGCUAAAGCUAUCGAGAAGCUGGAAAAAUGUAAUAAUUUUAAACUAGAUGUGACCGUUGCCAAGGAAGAACCUGCUGUGAAUCUGGAGGCUAAAUCAACCAUCUCAAUGGAAAUCUGCACCAGGUUCCUACAGUCCUGGGAUGCUGCUAUGUCUGUCAUGGAAAUAUCUAUGAUGACUGGAUUUGUUCCAGAUAUCGCCAAUCUUAAUGAGCUUAAUAAGGGAGUGGACAAAUAUUUCUCCAAGUUCGAGAUCAACAAAAAUGCUGUUGACAAAGAAAUUCUUAUCCUCUACUUUGACAAGAUUGCACAUGAAGGGGGACAUGUGUCUGAAGUUCAAACUUCACCAGCAUUUUGAAGUAGGCUAUAUUCAGCCUGCAUCAGUCACCGUGUAUGAAUAUUAUGCAAAAGAGAACCGCUGCACUAAAUUUUACCAUGUGGAAGAAGACAGCAAACUUCUGGGUAGGAUCUGUGUUGGAGAUGUGUGCCGCUGCUCUGAAGAAAAUUGCUUCAUGCAGCAGCAAAUGGCUAAAGUGGAUUCCACUGUACGAUAUACAAAGGCAUGUGACGCUGCUGUGGACUAUGUAUACAAGACGACACUCAGUGCCAUCAAGAAGAUGGACAACUAUGUCACCUAUGUGAUGACCAUUAAAGUGGUCUAUAGGGAAGGGAUCGAUACAGUUACUGUGAACGAGAAACGGGAUUUUAUCAGCCACAACAAAUGUCAACAAGCUUUAAAUUUACAGAUAGAUCGAGACUACAUAGUCUGGGGAAUAGCUAAAGAUAUGUGGCUUCUGGCAUCUAAGUACUCCUACUUGAUCACUAAGGACACCUGGAUCGAGAUGUGGCCCACCAACAAAGAGUGCCAGGAGAAGCAGUAUGAAAAAAUCUCUGCAAUGAUCUCUCCAAUAUGACAGAAGAACUACAUUUACACGGCUGUUCUGCAUAA